GAGGGCGCGUCCGUUCUGGCAACCGCCCCUUUACGUGACUUGCGGAAGUGACGAGCCCUGUGCUACAACAAAACAGUUCAGCCGUUAUCCACAAAUGGAUACAGGUGAGACAUUUUAUGUUGAACUUGCAUGUUGAUCGCUCAGACGACGACGACAAAGAAGAAAACAUCGGAGCCAAAACAGGCAUUGAUGUAGUCGGAAGCUAACGUUAGCAUGUCAGAGCCUCUACGUGUUAAUAUCUGUAACCUUAGCAGCUAGUUAGCUUACAACAGCUACCAUUGGACGGUCAUCGAUGGCUUCAAAGUAAGCCCUGCCCUGCCUUUUUACAUGAAACUUGGACGUUCUCACAGUCAUUCACUGCACUUUGUAGUCCUGUAACCUAAUUUGUAAAUCAUGUCGAAAAUUGAGCGUCUGAACGCCCGUGUGGCGAAGCUGCUGACGGUGGCGGUGCAUGAGGUUCUGGAGGUGGUGAAAGAGACUGUGUCUGAGUACCAGGAGAAAACAGCCAGAACUCAGAGAGAGAACUUGAGUCUGAGGAGGAGACUACAGGAACUUCAGGAAAAGAUGACGAGAGAGAACACAGCUCAACAGUCUACCCCUGCUCCCACAGCCAUUUCAGGUAAAACCGAGCAGGAGGAGGGAAGCGAGGGCAGCCCCUGGCCGCAGGACCCAGAGUCUACACAGUACGAGGACAAACCAUUGCUCACCCAGAAACCGUGGAGGAGACUGGAGAUCGAGUACAACAACUCACUGGAGCUAGACCACUUGGAGGACUCCGAGACUGAGUGUAAUGUCACACUAACGUUAGCCGAGCGUAGCGGAGCACCUCCCGAGAGGUUGUCACAGGUGACAGAGGCAGCCCUGACUGUAUACAUGCCUCAUUCUCUGUGUGACUCCGACCUAGACUCCAUGCACACUGGACAUAUGUCCUCCAACAUGUUACCCCUAAGCCAUCCCAGCUCUCCUCCUCACCCAGGUCUGUUCUCGGGUGAAAUCAAAACCGAACCUGAGCACUUGGAAUAUUCCUCUGCUCCCCAAGAGACACCAGACCAGAACCCAUUUUUUGAGUGCGAAGACUCGAAUAGUAGCGCAACACAUAAUCACAGUGCCCCGGAACCCAUGCAGAACAACCCGGAAAUGCACGGUGUAGUGCACUACAUCAACGCAGAAGGUCUAAACACCUUUGUGGACACGUUUCCCUUCACAUGUCACCCAGAGUUGGUCCAGGACGCCAGGCGACAAAAUAGGCCUCUGCUUAGGCGUGAGGAGAGCCACAGCUGCAUCCUGUGCGGGAAGACGUUCAGCCGGAUCGGGAAUCUUCGAAUCCACCAGCGCUGUCACACAGGGGAGAAACCCUACUGCUGCCUGCACUGUGGGAGACGCUUCAGUCACGCUGGGAACCUGCAGAAACACAAGAGGGUUCACACUGGGGAAAGACCGUAUGGCUGCCAACAGUGCGGCAAGACUUUCAGUCAGUCCAGUCACCUUAAGAAGCAUCAGAGAAUUCACAUUGUCAGGCAUCUUAGUGUUGAAUAAAGUUUCAGACUUUCAGAUUUAAUUGUCCUUGAAUCAAAAGUGAAGUGCAUUUGUUGAACAUUGGCCUGUUUGUAUGGAUGUUGGGGUGAUUUUGUGCUUGACCCCCGAAGCAUAGUGUGCCACUUACUACAUGGUCACAAGGUAUAACGUAGACCACACUUUUUGAGAGUGAAAUUGGAGCUAGUUUGUGUAACAGCGUUGUCUGUCCCUCUCCAUGCUCGAACCAGGGACCCUCUGAACACAACAACUGUCUCCAAAGUAUCAUUAACUAUUGCUCCACAAAAGCUGCAGACCUUGCAAAGCAUGGGAAACAACUACUUCAAGGUCUCAGCAGGUGAUCUCACCGAUUUGAACGCUACUGGUGCACGCCGCUAACUAGCUAGCCAAAUUUUUACAUUGGCUGCACUCAACCUACUUUGACCUCUGGACAAAGCCCAACUGAAUGAUCCCGGUCAAAAGCAUUCAUGUAACAGUGUUGCUUCCGUCCCUCUCCUUACUUGAACCAGGGACCCUAUGAACACACCAACAAACUGUCACCCACAAAGCAUUGUUACCGGUCACUCCAUAAAAGCUCCGGUUUUUGCAGAGCAAGGGAAACCUCUACUUUAAAGUCUCAGAGCGGGUGACGUCUACUAGCGCGCACCGCUAACUAGCUAGCCAUUUCACAUCGGUUACACUGGGAUCAAACCAGCAACUGGCCUGUAGAGCCAACAACGUGACUGUGACUGCACUAACUGCAUUCCCUAUAGUCAACUCAUGGAAGUGUUUGUAAGAUCAUUACAAUUUGAGUUAUCUUAAUUGACAUAAUCAAGCAUGGAUCAAUACACACUAUAUGGACUGACAGUGUGUAUGCAGCAUGUGUUUCAUAGAUAAGCUGUUCAAAUAAAUGUAUAAUUGGUU